AUGUGGUUCCCAGGAGGCCAUUUCUCGCUGGCGCUCGCCGUGUGGCAUGCUCUCCUGGUCCUGGGCCUUGGGAGCGGCAGCUCGGCGCUCAGCUGCUACUCGCGCAUCUUCAGCUUCGGCGACUCCCUCACCGACACCGGCAACUACGUGCGCCUGACGGCGAAGAACCCGAGCCCGUACGGAGCGCCGCCGUACGGGACCACGUUCUUUGGCCAUCCGACCGGCCGGGCGAGCGACGGCCGCCUCGUCAUCGACUUCAUCGCGCAGGAGCUUGGGCUGGCCAAUGUGACGGCCAUCCGGACGAGCACGGCCCCGGCGGACUUCGAGCACGGCGCCAACUUCGCCAUCAUCUCGGCCACCGCCAACAACGGCUCCUUCUUCGCCGGCAAGGGGAUGGACAUCACCCCCUUCUCGCUCGACACGCAGAUGAUCUGGUUCAGGGCCCACAUGCAGCAGCUCGCGCAGCAGAACCUCGGCACCAACGUGCUGGCCGACGCGCUGGUGGCGCUGGGCGAGAUCGGGGGCAACGACUACAACUUCGCCUUCUCGAGCGGGAUGCCGCGCGAGAGGGUGCGGGCGUUCGUGCCGGCCGUGGUCGAGAAGCUGGCGGCGGCGGUGGAGGAGCUGAUUGGGAUGGGCGCGAGGGCGUUCAUGGUGCCCGGGAACCUGCCCUUCGGGUGCGCGCCGCUCUACCUGCGGCGGUUCCGGAGCGCCCGCGCCGGGGACUACGACGCGCGGACGGGGUGCCUCGCGUGGUUCAACAGGUUCGCCGAGUACCACAACCGGGUCCUCACGGCGCGGCUCGACGCGCUCCGGCUCCGCCACCCGGACGUCACCAUCGUCUACGCCGACUGGUACGGCGCCAUGAUGAGCAUCUUCCAGGGCCCCGAACGGCUAGGAAUCACAAACACUCUACUGUCAUGUUGUGGCAACCAAACAGUGCCAUGCGGUAGACCUGGGUGCACCGUAUGCGACGACCCAUCCACGUACGGCUCGUGGGAUGGGACGCACCCGACGGAGGCAGUGUACAAGGCGCAACGACUGCUGUGCCACAAUCCACAUGACCCGUGCCGCACGCCGCACUCUCAUCUCGCACCGCGUACCCCUGGCGCCAUGCAAGCCCUCGGGCGGCCCACCUCUGCGUCGGAACUGAGGGCGCUCGCCUGGACGACGCUCCUUGUUCCGAUGUUCGCGGUCUACGCGCGCUACGCCUGCCGCCGCCUCCGUCCGGGCUGGCCCCGCCUCGCCGCACUCCUUCCGACGCUCCCCGUCUUCGUCUACCUGCCGUGCUUGUUCAACUCCUACCACCUCCGCCUCUUCUCAACCUUCUUCCACACCUGGCUCGCCGCCAACAAGCUCGUCCUCCUCGCGUUCGACCUCGGCCCGCUCAAACCAUCCCUGCCCCUCCUCCCGUUUCUCCUCUGCGCCGGCUUGCCCAUCAAGCUCCGCGAAGGUCCGCAGCCUACCAGCCAUUCUGCGUCACCGGGACCGCCCGUCGCCGAUUUCCUUCUCCCCUGCGGCCGCAGCGUUCUCUUCCUCACCGGCCUCGCCCUGCUCUUCCCACACACUGGUUCGCUCCCUCUCUACGUCGUCCACUACCUCUACUGCGCACAAAUCUUUCUCACGCUCGAUCUCGUCUUCUCUUCUGUCGGCCUCGUCGCCGCUGCCGUGCUGGGCUCGGCCAUGGAGAGGCAGUUCAGAGCGCCGCUCGUGGUCGCGUCGGUUAACGACUUCUGGGGCCGGCAGUGGAACCUGAUGGCGGUGGACCUCCUCCGCGCGUCGGCGUACAAGCCGGUGCGAGCCCGGUGGGGCCGGGACGCCGGCGUGCUGGCCGCGUUCCUCAUGUCGGGCGUCCUCCACGAGCUGCUCUACUGGUACAUGACGCUGGAGCCGCCCACGGGCGAGAUGCUGCUCUUCUUCACGCUCCAGGCCGCUUUCUACGUCGCCGAGCGGUGGGCGAGGGUUGCCGGGCUGUGGCGACCGCCCAAGGCGGCGGCGUACCUUAUUGGCACCACCGUUAUGGUCGUCACCAUAUCGGAGCUCUUCUUCGGGCCGUUCAUCAGAGCCGGCAUAGACGUGCGUAUGAUUCAGGAGGCCGCCGAUGCGGUGCAGUUGGUUAGGGCCGUGGCUAAGCGUCUCAUCGUCCGUCUAUUUGGGGCUGGUUCGAGUUAG